CUCAACAGCUCGUGGUGAUCGGACGUGCGUGCGCGUUCGUUCUGUAAUAGAUAUUAUAUUGUCUGUGAAACACCGUCGUCAAGAUGACCGGUCGCGGUAAGGGAGGAAAAGGUCUGGGAAAAGGAGGAGCCAAGCGUCACAGGAAGGUACUUCGUGAUAACAUCCAAGGUAUUACGAAGCCGGCUAUCCGUCGUUUGGCGCGCAGAGGUGGCGUGAAGCGUAUCAGCGGUCUGAUAUACGAAGAGACCCGUGGUGUGUUGAAGGUGUUCUUGGAGAAUGUCAUCCGCGAUGCCGUCACAUACACGGAGCACGCCAAGAGGAAGACUGUCACCGCUAUGGAUGUCGUGUACGCUCUGAAACGCCAGGGCCGCACUCUACCAGGAUCAUCCCUAGACAUCUCCAGCUGGCGAUCCGCUAUGGCACGUACUAAGCAGACCGCUCGCAAGUCCACCGGUGGCAAGGCCCCACGCAAGCAGUUGGCCACUAAGGCUGCACGCAAGAGUGCGCCGGCCACCGGAGGUGUGAAGAAGCCACAUCGCUACAGGCCCGGAACCGUCGCUCUUCGUGAGAUUCGUCGCUACCAGAAGAGUACCGAACUGCUCAUCCGCAAACUGCCGUUCCAGCGAUUGGUACGUGAGAUCGCACAAGACUUCAAGACCGAUCUCCGUUUCCAGAGCUCGGCUGUGAUGGCCCUCCAGGAGGCUAGCGAGGCGUACCUAGUCGGUCUCUUCGAGGACACCAACCUGUGCGCCAUCCACGCUAAACGUGUGACCAUCAUGCCUAAGGACAUACAGCUCGCUCGCAGAAUUCGCGGCGAACGUGCCUAAGACCCAGGCACUCUCAACAACAUCGAUCCCUGCUCGUCCGAUCUAGCCGAUGGUGUUUGAUAAUAACAUAUUAUUAUUAUUAAACCUACCUACUGGCUAUACGGGUGUAGUAUAAUCGAUAUUAUUGACAUAAAAAAGGCCCUUUUCAGGGCCGCAAA